GACAAUCAGACGCGAAGCACGUUACAUCUCACUGCUCUCUUACACGGCCGAAUAUACCGCCACGUAUUACUCGGCAUCACCCGGGGGCCCCCCAACUUACCCUUAAACUUCACACCAAAAAGCCUUACCACACCACCAAGUUCAUUCUGUGGGCUGCCGACUGGACCACCAUGUCGGGUCAGUCAAGCGCCUCAUCGCCCCUUAUAUCGACCCGGCGCCGCGCCUGUACUGCGUGUCAGCAAGCAAAGCGCCGCUGCGACCAACGGCUCCCCCGGUGCGGCCGGUGCACCCAAAAGGGGUUCGAGGACUGCAACUACCCGUCCCUCGAGGCCGCCGUCGCAGCGGCGGACUUCAACUUCUUCACAGACGUCCUCAGCGGCUCCGCGGGCACGCCGACUGACUCCCUUCACAAUAUCAUGCCCGUUCCCGUCGUCCCCGAGGCGGACAACUCGUGGGCCCUAUACUACAGCAACGCCUCGGCAGCGGCCGCGCCGACACCGUCACCUUCCAUCAUGGCUCCUACCAGCGACUGUCUUUCGCGAGACGCCGUCAUGUACUGUAGCGAGCAGUUCCGGGCCUAUCCGCGGCGAUGGGUGAGCCAGAACGGCGUCGCCCCCUUUAUCCACCCGGCGCUCUACCUGCCCACCACGAACGGGGCCGACGGUCUCCCCCCCGUGCUCCAGGACUGCUUCUGCGCGUGCGCUGCGUACGCGGCCAAAAACGACGAGAACGCGGCGCUGGUCCUCGGCGUCGUGGAAGCCAAAGCCACGGCGCUGCUCUACGUCCCUGAACAGGCGGCGUGGACGCUGCCGCAGCAGGUUGCUUCCUUGCAGGCGCUGGUCAUGUACCAGAUCAUGCGGUGGUUCGACGGAGAUAUCCGCCAGCGCGUGCUCGCGGACUCGGUUGAGCCGUUGUUGGCGACGUGGACUUCGGCACUACAAGCCCGCGUCGGGACUGGUGUCUUUUCGACGGACGAGGCUAUGCCGUCGUCGUCGUCGUCUACCGCCAUGUCGGACUCGCAUCUCCCGCCGCCGCAUCAGCAGUCGUCUUCGUCGGCGGGGUCGUACCCGCAGCAACAUGAUCUCUCGCCGGAUCACUCGCGCUCGAAUACACCCGGCGCCCGCCUCACAAAGGAGGAGCUCAAUGCUGCCUGGCGACGGUGGUUGAUGGCGGAGUCGAUUCGGCGGGUUCUCGCCAUGGCGCAUCUCGUUAGGGCGGUAUACUCUACAGCGAAACAGGGCGGUGGUAGUGCCGGCGGCGGAGGAGGAGGAUACGGCAGCAAACUUGGUGGCGCGGGGGUAACAGCAGGAGGACCCGGGCACACGCAGCAAUCACAACAACACCACCACGCCAGCGGCGGCGGUAGUGGUGGUGGUGGAGGUGGCGGCGGCGGCCAUCAGCUUCCACAUCAUCACCACCCUGCCCACCCCAUCGGCCUCGCGGACAUGAGCUUCACGGCGCAGGCGCGGCUGUGGGCCGCCACGACGGCGGAGCGGUGGAACCGGUCCCGCGAAGGCGAUACGGCGUGGUGGGUUGGGCGGAUGGACUUUUCGGGCCUGCUGGCGCUCGCGGACCCGAGGGAGGUGGAUGAGUUUACCGUCAUGAUGGGCGUUGUGUUUCGCGGCAAGGAUACGAUUGAGGAUUGGGUUACGCAUGGGCCCGGGGGUAUGUGAGACUGUAUUGUGGUAUAGACUGACAGAAGAACAAGAGGACGAAGACGAGUAGACAGAGAACGGAGAAUGAGAGGAAGAAAAGGGGUGGGCUUUUUUACAUUUUUUACAUCGCGAGAUAAGCAUUGGGGGCGUUUCUAAGGUGG